AUGGCUCCCCGACACUCUUUAUCUAGCCCCUUGAGGCUACCACGGUCUCUAUAUUGUAUCAUUACACUAUGCUUCCUGUCAUUUUCGGCUGUGGUCAAUGUGCUGGCGUAUCCGCUGCAAGAUGUUUUGAGAGAAUCAUUGUCGAUCCUCAAUGGGGGCUCCAGUGCCUUUGGUGGCUCUUCUGCGGAGACGGUCCUGGGAGAUACUGAACCGAUAUCGGGAGAGUCAAGCCACGAGCCAAUUCUUCAUACGCUGCGGUAUCUUGUUGAUGCACUGCGUGUCAUGCAAGACAGUUACUUUGUGCUAUGGCAAGGCACGUGGCCUACCAGCAUCGAUUGGACUGCCGCGGUCCUGGGAACACACGUUUCGGCGGCGCUAUCGUCUCUAACAUCUGGACCGCUUGGUAUCCCGGAGACGGAUGAACUGCCAGGUGUGUCCCUGUUUAUGCUUGAGAAUACCGUCAAUCGAUACUUCAGUCAUACAUCCGCCUUUUACUUCGGCGAGAACGCAUUCAGUUUGCGAAACCAGGCUUACGAUGACAUGCUCUGGGUGGUGCUGGGAUGGCUAGAGAGCAUUAAGUUCCAAGACCUCCAUUCAGAUCUGCACUACACUUCAUCUAAUGCCAGCUCUGGACAAUCAUGGUAUGGCACCCAAUUCCGUGAUUCUGCAGCACACAGAGCACGACUAUUCUAUGAGCUUGCUUCGGCAGGCUGGGACAAGACCCUUUGUGACGGCGGUAUGAUCUGGAGCCCAUAUUUGACGCCAUACAAGAAUGCUAUCACAAACGAGCUAUUCAUCUCCGCAAGCAUUGGCAUGUACCUUUACUUCCCGGGAGACCCCAUUGACUCGCCUUUCCUCGCCGGCGCACAAGGCGCCCAGACAGUGCACAAGAACCCACACAGUGCCGCCCAUCUCAAGGCUGCAGUUGACGGAUACAAGUGGCUUAAUAACUCGCACAUGACCGGCCCUGGCGGGCUUUAUGCCGAUGGCUUCCAUAUUAGUGGCUACCAAAGCUCACAGAAACCUGGCUCGGGCAAGUGCGAUGAACUCAACACUAUGGUCUACACCUACAAUCAAGGAGUCAUUCUCAGCGGGCUGAGAGGACUAUGGUUAGCCACCCACUCAAAAGACUAUUUGGUUGACGGCCACAAGCUAGUCCACAAAGUACAGCUAGCCACUGGCUGGCCAUACAUCUCCAGCCAGCAGUGGAAAGGACUCGGCCGUGGCGGCGUACUAGAAGACGCAUGCGAUGCCGGCGGCUCCUGCUCCCAGGAUGGGCAAACCUUCAAGGGAAUCUUUUUCCAUCAUCUUGCAGAGUUCUGUCGGCCUCUGCAGCCACAAGAAAACAGAUUUCUGGCAGAUUCCAUGGCUGGCAAUAACUCAGGAGAAGGUAGCUGGGAUGAGAUCUAUCAAUGGCAUUUGGGACGCUGUCGCGCCUAUGGCACCUGGAUCGAGCACAAUGCGCAGGCCGCUUUGAUGACUCGGGACAGCGAUGGCAAGUUUGGCUCUUGGUGGGCUCGUCCAUAUUGUCAGCUUGAGGCCGACGGUAUCGUGGAUAGCAGUACCAUCCCUGCUGAUGCUGUUGAUUACCGUAACUUCGGAGACUCUGAGCCCUCGGCUGCGGACUUCAAGCCGAAGGAUUACAAUGACCGCGGCCGUGGUCGCACGGUUGAAACACAAUCUGGCGGCAUCGCAGUUUUGAGAGCCCUGUAUCAAUGGCAAUCUUGUGGUGCAAUAUGA